AGCCAUUUCGGCCCGGUCAUUUCAGCAGACGUUAUGCAACCUUUGGAAUAUAAAAAAUUAGAAUUUCUAACAUUUGUGUGAGAUUGAGUUUGCAGUGAGAGGUAAGAGGGAGAGAGGGAGAAGAAUGCCAGGUCUGGAUUCUGGAUCCCUGUAUUUGAGAGAACCAGGAAUACACAGAGGGAGACCAAGAGAGACUCAAACCGAGAGGCUUUGUUUCUUCGUUUCUUUGCAAUGAGCCCUGCAGCAAAUCCGCAAUAUGAAAUUUGAGGAUCUAUUAGAAGAGAUCGAUGGCUUUGGAAGGUUCCAGAAAAUGGUCCUAUUACUCAGUUUCAUUGGCAGGCUCACUCUUCCGUGUCAUUUCCUGUUGAACAACUACAUUGCCUCCGUCCCGUCCCACCACUGUGACAUCAGUGCUAUGGAUGGUGAGGUAUUUUUUGGGAAUCUGAGUCGGGAGCAGAAACUUGCUGUCAUAAUUCCAAGACAGGAAGAUGGGAUGCUUGCUUCCUGUCAAAUGUUCCACGAACCUCAGUUCCAUGUUCUAGAUGCUCUAUCCAACUUUACCAAUGUUCCACUUGUUCAGUGCCCCAGUGGAUGGGAGUAUGACAACAGUACGUUUCUCAGUACUCUGGCCACAGAGUGGGAUUUGGUGUGUGAGAGAAGAGGGAUGAAUAAAGCAGUGGUCACCAUCUUCUUCAUCGGAGUGAUGAUCGGUGCAGCUGUGUUCGGCAGCUUGAGUGACAGGUACGGCCGGAAGCCAAUGCUGCUGGUGUCGUACGUUUUUGGAAUGGGCUUCGCACUGGCCAGCAUCUUCUCCUCCUCCUUCACCAUGUUCGCUGUGCUGAGGUUCUUCACUGGCCUCAGUAUCACGGGCAUCAUCAUCGUGUCCAGCGUGCUCUGUAUGGAGUGGGUGGACAUCAGAAGCAGGAAGCUGGUGGGCGUGGUCGACAGCCUGAGCUGGACGUUAGGCUGCAUGGUGCUUCCUGGUGUGGCGUACGGUAUCAGAGACUGGAGAUGGCUGACCUUCACUGUCACUUCACCUCUCGCUGUCGCCCUGAUUAGCUGGAGGUGGGUUCCAGAGUCGGCACGGUGGCUCAUAGCCAAUGGGAAGGUGGAAAAAGCCCAGUAUUACCUCAAGAAAUGUGCUGCCAUUAAUGAGAGGAAAACAGUUAGUGCCAGCAUAAAAGCAGAGGUCCUUUCUACUAUCAUUUCAGAAGGAGGAAAUAGGAAGUACUCAUAUCUGGAUCUCGCAAGGACUCCCAGGAUGAGACGACUGGCUCUGUUGACUGGCGCCACCUGGUAUGGUGUAGCUUCCACCUACUACGGGAUCAGUUUUAACAUCAAGGGCUUCGAACUGGACUUCUACCUGAACCAGUUUCUGUACGGAGCCGUGGAGUUACCCUCCAAGUUCCUCAUCUACCACCUGCUUGACCAGAUUGGACGCCGCAAAACAGAGGCCGGCAGCCUCCUGCUGACCAGCUCCUGUCUUCUCAUGAACGUCUUCAUACCCAAAGAUCAGUGGAUAGUGCGUUCAAUUAUAGGAGUUCUGGGUAAAGGUUUUGCUUCAAUUUCCUUCGGAACACUCGUGUUGUACAGCUCUGAACUUUACCCCACUGUCAUUAGGCAGAAUGGUAUGGGAUAUAACUCAUUCAUGGGUCGAAUGGGAGUGGCCAUAGUCCCUUUGAUCCUAUUAUUGGACGACAUGUGGGGGCAACUUUCUCAGGUGAUCCUGUGUGCCAUCGCACUAUUCGCUGGUCUGAUUGUCUGUCUCCUACCUGAGACGCAGGGCAGGUGUCUGCCGGAGACUCUGGAGGAUGUUGAAGGGACAAGCAACUGCCAAGAUGUAAUCCCAGCAGAGGCGGAAGAGAAGGAGGAACGAGAAAAUGUCCAGAUGCAAAUGUCAUGAUCUCUCAUAUUAUGCAUUCAAUUUGCUCACAAUAACUAUACUGAUUAAUGAUGGACAUAAUUUAGAAUUGAGCGGUGAGGAAAACCUCCCUAGAGCACGAGGAAGAAACCUGGAGAGGAACCAAGACUCAGAGGAGGGGCCGUCCUCCUCUGAUAGACAACAGUCACCACAACAGUAACAAUUUUAAGAGAAAAAUAACUAAUAAUAAAAUAAAAAAAUAAUAAAACAUAAGCAGUUAAUGUUUAGUCCAACUUUCUAAAUGCAUUUUAUCUUUGAAAAUUUUAUGAUAAAUCCAUAUUCUCAUUACUAAUCCUGUUCUGGUGUAAAGCAGUUCCAUAUCUAACAGGAUUAUUUCAUUUUAAUGUCAAAUCCCCUGAUAAAAGGAGACUUUGUGGCCCCUCACAGAUUGGACAACGGUCAGAUUCCAUGCGGUCAGUUUGUUCCCUCUGAGGGUUUCUGUAUGUAUUUAGUUGUUAAUGGCUUUUGCCAUUGAUUGUAAAGAGGAUUAUAAGUUUGAAGUAAAUAUUUCCACAGGUUUUCUUUAGCCUUCCAUUAUGUUCCAGCCAUAGUUUUGAACACAGUUCUAGAUAUAUUAAGGUCCCCAGGCAGUUCUAAUGAUUGUAUAUUGUAUAUCACACCUGCCUGACAGUGGCUUCCAUGUUGGGGACAAGCAGGUAAAUGGUCUCCAGUAGGGAGGUCUCCAGGUAACUGGUCUCCAGUAGGGAGGUCUCCAGGUAACUGGUCUCCAGUAGGGACAGUGUGUGCAGAGUUCAUCCUUCUGACAUCACUCAAGACAGACUGGGUUAGAUUAUCGCUAAUCUCAUGAAGACCUGAACUGCUUCCACAAAAGUGUUACUGCAUAAAUCACAAUGUGCAGACCACUGGAACUACUCAAGGAUGUGGGCGUGGCUAUAACUCCUCUGGUCUUCUUAUUGGACAAAAUGUGCCCGGCUCUUUCCCGGGUGUCUCUGUGAUCAGGCAGUCCUGUGUGUGGUCAUGCGGUUUGUUAGUUCGGGAACCUGACAGCUUCCUGAUGAAGAUGAUUAUGUGGAGAAGAGGCUCCUGCAGGCGACAGUGUACAGUCUCAGAAGGCCUCUGUAUGUUGGACUGAUGCCAGGACAUCACCAGAUGGACCGAAAGAAACAAUAUUACUGCAGUGAAGACCAGGUGGUUUGAAUGAGGACACUGUUUUUUACUAACACACCUUACAUUUGGAGAUAAUGUAGCAGAACUGGAUAAUAUAUAUAAAUAUAGUAUAAAUAAAGUAAUACAACGUUUUGGGGUAUCUUAAGGUCAGAGACCUUUUUAAGUCUGUAUGUGCAGAACAGAGUCUCUAAUGCAGGUGGUUUCAAGGAUUCUGUACAAGUCUAAGGCAGAUCACUGAAUUGUUCCCGUGAGAAAUAUCGUCAUUAGUACUGGGAAAAGAUCAUCUUUGCUACAAGACUGUGAGAAGUUCUGUGGAAAAACAAGCUUCCUUGUCUUACCAAGGACAGAGUGGAGCAGGAGAAAGACUUUUAUUUUGAAGGUGUUUGGUGGUGUGAGUCAACAUCUUUGCUUAAAAAAACAAGGAAAAUCCUCCACUGGGACAUAGUGGUUUCAACUUACAUAAUGAUGCGUAUCAAUUAGCAUAUAUUGAA